AUGGAUACGAGUACCCAUUCUCGGGGCUUUUAUAACAGUAAGACUGAAGACGCCUAUAAUCAAAUGCUGGCGGAUAGGAGGAGCGAAAGAUCCGCGCAGAUCAGCGAUUCUGACGACUCCGUGAGCGCCGAUUUCUCUAACGAGAUGCUUGAUUUCAGCAAUAGCUCGAGUCAUAGCGAUCUGGGGAUCAAUGAAGACUACGAGCACUUCAAAACCUCGCUGCUGCAAGAUGAUUGGGGCGAACCGCUGGAAGAUGACGAUGACGAGGACUACACAGAGGAAGCAGACCAAAGCUUUAUUAUGGAGAGCGACGCAGCGGAAGCGCUUAGCCGCGGCCCAGAUUACCAUAUUAAAAGCUUCAGCACUUGGAUACGAGGGUCACUUGUCCCGCUGGUAGCGUCUCUGGUGGUCGUGGUCCUCGCGAUAAUGGUAUUGGCGCCAGGCGGAUCCCCGCAAGCCCCGGAAAUUCAAAACGCAGUUCCAGGUACCAACGCUCAGCUCCGUACGCAACUGAACUCUCUCUAUCGCGAGUUCCAAGAGGAAAAGAAGGCCGCCAAAAAGGACCUCGACAAUGCCAUAAAGCUCAUAAUACUACAAGUGGAGAAGCAUAUGAAACAGCUUCUUCCACGGGACCUAGGAUCUGUCAACUCUCAACUGCGACGUCUUGACACACAAGUUCAGGACCUAUCCCAAAGCCUGAGCCUGAAUAACGUCACCGAGUGGCAAGAAUCGCUCAUGCACGAGCUAGAGCGGUUGCUCCCUGACCAGAUCCCCGUGGUGUUGGAUAACUCUACCAAUGCGUUGAUGGUAGUGCCGGAACUGCAUAGAUAUCUCGCCGAAGUUAUACCGCAAGCUGUAAACCGUACGCUGCCGAGGGGCCUGGCGGCUCCCUUUAAUUACGACGCAGGUCAGUAUGUGCGGGAGAUCCUCAGAGAUGAGUAUGAGUACGUGGACAAGUCUGACUUCCUGCGUGAACUGGAUUCGGCGCUGCGCGUCAACAAAGAAGACAUCCUCCGCGAGAUGGAGGCGCGUAUCUCUACGCUCGAGAACGUCCCUCAACAAUAUUCGAACGUGCUCCAACGCAAACUAAUACACAAGAUUUACAAUGCAAACCAACACCAGUGGCAAGACGAUGUGGACUUCGCGACCGUAGCGCAAGGCACGCGCAUCCUGAACCACUUGUGCUCUUCCACCUUUAAGGGCCAUCAGGGUAUCCCACCGAACGGUGUCUCACCACUGGACUUGCUCGCAGAUACACCCGCUGCGACAUCCACCUACUGGCUGUGCAAAGACAAGCGCGCCACGGGCUCUUGCUCCUGGGCCAUGCACUUUGCGCAGCCGCUGUACUUGACCCGUAUCUCAUACUUGCAUGGGCGUUUCACGAACAACCUACACCUAAUGAACUCCGCGCCUAAGUCGAUCGCCGUGUACGUUAAGCUACAGUCCCCACCUACAGCGGAGUUCCAGCGUAUUGCGGCCAAACACGGGCAGGGGGCCGUUUGGGACCGCGACAACUCUUUUGUUGAGAUAGGCUCGUGGGACUACGAUGUCAGUGACGCUCGCAUCCGCCAGUACUUCCUGCUCCCACCUUGGUUCGUCCAGUGCAAGCCCCAGGUUCGCAGUCUGGCCCUUGUUGUCCGCUCUAACCACGGAAACACUCACUACACUGCGCUACGAAAGUUUGUGAUCAACGCUGUAACUGCUCAAGAUUUGCAGCUGAGCUCUACAUAUGCUCAGCAGAGGCAGUUCGAAAUCCCAGAGUAUGCCUCCCCUUUCGAGGAUCGUGAAAGAUCCCGUGCUUCGCAGAUUGCAGCCUGGCAACGGCGCGGGCCAUCGGACGCUGACCCCGCAGUACCCUCGUUCGGCCAAGAUGAAUACGACAGAUAA